AGGAAUUAAUGCGAUUCUCCUUUCAUCCAGGUUUCAGAAUCAAAAGCUUGAUUCAAGUGACCUAAGUCAAGCUAUCCAAAGAGGUUCUAAUCAAAGCAAGAAUGACGCAAAAUUACCUGAACCAAAAACUGGAGAAGUGGCAACAUUGCAAAAGGUGGUAAGCCCCAAUUUUCCAGCAUUGCCCAAUUGUAAUUUGCCAGCAGAACUGAAAUGCCCUCUCUGCAACACCUUUUUUAAGGAUGCUGUGAUGAUACCUUGCUGCCAGCACAGUUUUUGUGAGAAAUGCAUUCGCCUAGUUCUUCUUGAAAAGGCAAUGUGCCCAAAAUGCCUUUCUAGUAGAUGUAAAGUGGAAAAUCUGCUACCAAAUUUAUCUCUCAGGCAAGCGAUUGAGCAUUUUCUUGAAUCUCAGAUGGUUGUCACUGGGUCAGAAAAUGCUUUACGCAAAUAUGCUCCAGAUGGUGAAUCUGGAAUUCAGGUGAAGGAUGUUUCCUGUGCUGUUACUGUUGUACAACGGGAACCAGAGAUGCCUCAUUCACCCUCAGCUACCGGAAAAGGAUCCAAUCAAGUAAUGGCAGAAUCUUUUUAUGACUCACUUAUUCGGAAAAAUUCAAGGACAAUGCAACAUAUGGAUGGAGGAAGAGGUCGAUAUGCUAAUCACUGGAAUUUUCCAAGUGUACCUGAUGACCCAGAAGGUUGUCAGGGUGAAAGCAAGCCUCUUAAUUUGCUUCAUUCACAUGUUCAGGAUGAAGCUGAUUCUUCCAUCAAGAAGAAUAAAGGCCAGUGGUGUGACACAAGAGGUGGGGACGUGAAUUUUCUGCCUGCUGGUAGAGUUAAAAAGGACCGUAACUGUUACAUGUGUGGUUCUCCCGAUCAUCUCAUCAGAGACUGCGCUUUUGCUUCCAAUCCAAAUCCGAUGCUUCAGACAGGAAAUCCCAUGCUUACGGGUGGGUUUCCAGGCUAUCCAUCACCUUACUGGAAUAGCAAUACAUAUUCCACAUUGAGGCCAUUUGCAAAUAUGUAUGGUAAUGCUGGAAAUGCUCCAUUUAAUGCUUAUAUGGUUCCUCCAACACCUUUUACUGCUCCUUAUAUGCGAUCAAUGCAUGGUGGCGUGCCUUUACCUGGAGGAAUCAUGAGAAUGGGUGGUAUGGCACUUCCAGCUGGAAACAGAGAUGAUCUACCGCUGAACCAAUACGAGUACAUGGGCCUCCAGCUUGCGGAAGAUAAAAGCAGAAUUCAGAAUGAAAAACUGGGAAGUGGGCAAUAUUGUCAGGCUGAGUCAAACGUUAAGGAGCAUUACCCAAAAAAUGAUCGAGAAGCAUCAGGAAAGUUCCAUAAGGAGAGGGAACCAAGUACAAGCUGUUCUGGGGACAGCUUUGUUCGAAAAACACGGAGAAAGCACCUCCAUGUUGAGAAAAGAAGGGAGAGAAGUCCUCAUUCCUCAUCUGCUAGUAGAGAUAAGGUGCCUCGUCACUCUGACAGGUCCAAUUCUGUCACUGAUGGUUUUCCUAGUAGUUCUGAUAGGCGAAGGAGAGAAAGUCAACACCACCAUAGUCGGGACUCAAGAAAGCGCCAUGAGUGUGACUCUACUUUGGAUCACUAUCAAGCCUCUGAUCGUAAAUACAGAGUCGAUUCUCAUGUAAGAGAAUCUCAUCAGAAGCAUCACCCAAGUUCUGCACUAGAACCUAGUUCACCUGUGCACCAGAAAGCACGAUUCAAAGAGAGGGGCUUUGGGCAUGAUCCAAAGUACUCCAGGCCCCAUGCAAGAGACUCCACCAAUGAGGUACAUGACAACAAGAGACGGAGAAGCAGCGGCUCUUAUGAAGAUCACAGAGACGAUUAUUAUCACAAGCGAAAAAGAGUUCAUUGAGGGUAAUGAACAUGACUCAUGUGGUAAACUUGUAAAUGAAGUUGCGCUCAAAUCAGUGUAGGUGAUCAACCAGGUUCCUGUUUCCUUUCAAAUAGGUACUUUGUAUUAACUUGGUUUUGUUGUAGCUUUGGUAUAUGGUCUUUUAUAUCCCUAUAGUUGAUGGAAAUAUAUAGGUCCCUACAACUUAUAAAAUACAUAGGUAUUUUAGGAUCUAAUAUACAAUAUCUGUUGGCUUUGUUGGUACA